AUGGGUAGUUACGUGUACUACCUACUCCCAGCAUUAGGGGGCUACACUCUCGCAUCUCUCUACCUACUGAAGAAUCCCUCUAUUCUCCAUAAGAAGAAACAUGCCGCAUUUCACUGCACCCACAUCUCUCACAGAGGAGGUUGUGGGGAAAGGAUUGAGAGCACCAUGGAAGCUUUUACCAAUGCAGUGAAUCAGGGCACAGAGAUGCUGGAGCUUGACUGCCACCUGACUCGUGAUGGUCAUGUGAUCGUGUCACAUGAUGAGAACCUGCUGAGGCAAACUGGCCAAGAUGUGACCGUCUCCUCCCUAAAUUUAGAGGAGUUGCCACUUUAUAAAGAGAGACUGGAGGUCACCUUUUAUGCAGGCCACUACAGUACAGGAUCAGACAGGAAGUUUGUGCUGUUGGAAGAUGUUUUCAGGAGGUUUCCCAAGUUGCCUGUCAACAUUGAGGUGAAAGAGAAAAACGCAGAGCUGAUAGAGAAGAUAAAUGCUCUUGUGAGGACAUAUGACAGAGAGGAUGUCACAGUUUGGGCCAGUACAGACUCUAACAUCAUGAAAAUGUGCCGCAGAACCAAUUCCUCUAUGCCCUACAUGUUCACUGUCAAACGAGGACUGCAGCUGCUCCUACUCUUCUACAGUGGCCUUCUGCCCUUUGUUCCACUGGGGGAGAGUUUUUUACAGUUCUACCUACCUCGUAUCUUCAACAGGACGUUCAUCCCCGAUUCUGCCCUGCUCAGGAAUAGAAUGGUGAUCUACCUGAUUGAGAAAGUAACCAUGAGGAAAAGCAUGUUCAAACAUCUAGUCGACCGCGGGAUUCAGAUUCAUCUGUUUGUCUGUAAUGAAGAGGAUGACAUUGAGGCUGCCUUUGAGGCGGGGGCCACGGGAGUAAUGACUGACUACCCUACUCUGUUAGCAAACUAUCUUAGAAGACACCAGCAAGCAACGUGA